GGAUCGCUCUGCAGGAGCAGACAGUGAUGUGCGCGCAGUGAACAAACAUGGACGUUCUGUCAUCCUUCCUGCUGCUUGCCACACUCUGUGGGGUUCGCAGCAUUGAGCGGUCUGCUCCUGUGGUGGUCACCAUGCCCUCUGUGCCUUUCAAUGAUCUGGCAGCCUUUGUGGGCCAGGCCCAUACUGCCAUGCACCACAGAUUCCACCAGCUAGAGCCGGCCAUUCAUCGGAAAGGAAUCCGCCAGAUCCCCGGCAGUCCAGAGUGGUUCAUGUCGGUGUCACACUCACCCAGAGAAGCCACCAGGAACCUGACGCACGUCGCUCUACUCGCCGAGGAGGCCACAAAAUACAUGGCUCAGGCACUAGGGCUGUCUGCGGAGCAGGUCCACUUCGGCCUGCCUGAGAUGGACGUGAGCGCUACCAGACUGACGGAAGCUUGCCCUGCUGCCAUGGAACUAGGGCUGUCUGCGGAGCAGGUUCACUUCGGCCUGCCUGAGAUGGACGUGAGCGCUACCAGACUGACGGAAGCUUGCCCUGCUGCCAUGGAGCUGCUCUGUACUAGGGCUGUCUGCGGAGCAGGUUCACUUCGACUAGGGCUGUCUGCGGAGCAGGUUCACUUCGGCCUGCCUGAGAUGGACGUGAGCGCUACCAGACUGACGGAAGCUUGCCCUGCUGCCAUGGAGCUGCUCUGUUACUGGUGCCUCUGUUGCAGACUAGGGCUGUCUGCGGAGCAGGUUCACUUCGGCCUGCCUGAGAUGGACGUGAGCGCUACCAGACUGACGGAAGCUUGCCCUGCUGCCAUGGAACUAGGGCUGUCUGCGGAGCAGGUUCACUUCGGCCUGCCUGAGAUGGACGUGAGCGCUACCAGACUGACGGAAGCUUGCCCUGCUGCCAUGGAGCUGCCCUGUACUAGGGCUGUCUGCGGAGCAGGUUUCACUUCGGCCUGCCUGAGAUGGACACUAGGGCUGUCUGCGGAGCAGGUUCACUUCGGCCUGCCUGAGAUGGACGUGAGCGCUACCAGAGUGACGGAAGCUUGCCCUGCUGCCAUGGAGCUGCUCUGUUACUGGUGCCUCUGUUGCAGACUAGGGCUGUCUGCGGAGCAGGUUCACUUCAGCCUGCCUGAGAUGGACGUGAGCGCUACCAGACUGACGGAAGCUUGCCCUGCUGCCAUGGAACUAGGGCUGUCUGCGGAGCAGGUUCACUUCAGCCUGCCUGAGAUGGACGUGAGCGCUACCAGACUGACGGAAGCUUGCCCUGCUGCCAUGGAACUAGGGCUGUCUGCGGAGCAGGUUCACUUCGGCCUGCCUGAGAUGGACGUGAGUGCUACCAGAUUGACGGAAGCUUGCCCUGCUGCCAUGGAGCUGCCCUGUGAACCCCACAAAUACCGAGCUCUCUCUGGCCACUGUAACAAUGUGCAGAACCCCCACUGGGGUGCAGCAGGGGCCCGCUACAUCCGGUUCCUCCCCCCAGACUACGCUGAUGGUGUCAGUCUUCCUAGAGGCGUAAUUACUAACAAUAAGCGAGGACUGCCCAGUGCUCGAGUGGUGUCACUCGCUGUGCACAGCAGUGUGGAUGUGCCUCACUCUCAUCUGGUGUCCAUGUUCCCUGUCUGGGCACAGUUCAUCGCCAACGACGUCUCUCUCACGCCGCAGAUGACAGGUUUUAAUGGAGAGCGGUUAAAAUGCUGUGGGAUCGACUUCAACGACUUCCAUCCCGAGUGUUUCCCCAUCCGACUGCCCGACUCUGACCCCGUGUUUGGGCCGACAAGACAACGCUGCCAGGAGUACACCAGAUCUGCCUCGGCCCCUCGCACCGGCUGUACACUCGGCCCAAGAGAGCAGAUGAACGAUGCAACGUCUUUCUUGGACGCUUCGGUGAUCUACGGCAACUCACAGCAGGAGUCCGAUGCUCUUCGUACUUUCAAAGGUGGAGAGCUGAGAGUUCAGACUAGUGCCAACUAUGGACCUCUCAUGCCACCUGGGGACAACAAGUCCAACUGCAGAUACAGCCUCUCGCACAAAUGUUUCAAGUCGGGUGAUGUCCGAGCCAACGAAUAUGUCGGCCUGACAGCACUGCACACUUUGUGGGUUCGGGAACACAACCGAGUGGCAAGGGAGUUGAGAGCUCUGAAUCCUCACUGGCUGGACGAGAUACUCUUCCAGGAGACCAGGCGCAUUGUUAUUGGCCUGCUGCAGCACAUCACAUUUGCAGAGUUCCUGCCUCUGGUCCUGGGCAAGGAUACAAUGAACAACUUUGGCAUGCAAUUAGAGCAAGAGGACUAUUUUAAGGGCUAUAACAUGAAUAUUAAUCCUGGUUUGGCCAAUGCAGUUGGGGCAGCUGCAUUAUAUUUCUACAUAUCUCUUAUGCCCAGAAAGUUGGAAGUGUUUGACAAGACUGGAAAGCGGAUAGGUGAUGAGUCCAUCGGCAAGACUUUCUAUGCUCCGUUUGACCUGUACAAAGCAGGAGGUUUUGACUCAGCACUUCGUAGUUUGCUGCAGAGCUCCGCUCAGAGUCAUGAUCCUCACAUCAACUCCGUCUAUACCAACCAGAUGUUCCAAGUAACUAAUGGUGGUAACGGUCUGGACUUGGCAGCUCAAGUGAUCCAACAAGGCAGAGACCACGGUCUGCCCUCAUACACCAUAUGGAGAGAGUUCUGUGGAUUUGGCUCCACCACCACCUUCUCGGACCUGCAAGUCCACAUGGAACCUUCCACUGUGGCCGCCCUUCAGUCCGUCUAUCAGAAUGUCAGUGACAUCGACCUGCUGCCUGGGGCACUGUCAGAGAGGCCACUGAACGGGUCAACUGUGGGUCCAACACUACACUGUCUGCUGGCCAGGCAGUUCAGUCUGCUGAGGGCGGGAGACCGCCACUGGUACGAAAGUGAUGUACCGCCCUCGUCCUUCACGCGGGAGCAGCUCAAGGCGGUGCGAGGUGGUGCUACUCUUGCGCGGAUCAUAUGUGACAACACCGACGACAUGGCAGUUGUUCAGCCUCGUGCCUUCCUCACUGUAGAUCCUUACCUAUCCUUACCUGUGAGUACUCUGAUAGCACUAGAGAUCAUAUGUGACAACACCGACGACAUGGCAGUUGUUCAGCCUCGUGCCUUCCUCACUGUAGAUCCUUACCUGAACAACCAGAUGAGCUGCAGGUCUGGAGGUAUUCGACGCUUGGAUCUGAGGCCUUGGAAAGAAGUUCAACCACUGAUCCACAUUUCACCCAAACUGCUGACCGAUGUCGUGGCGAGGUCCAAGCGAGAGCUGGACCAACAGUGGCAGCUUUACAGAGAGAGCCAAAAUGCGGAUCCUCAAUCGCCAAUCGGUACAGCAUUUGGGUUCAGUCGUCCAAAACGGCAAGCGGCAAUGAUCUCUAAUGCAUCAUUCCUGUUGGAAUACACAUCGGCAAAUAUGAUUAGAAGUUUUCUUCAAGGGAAACUACAAGAUGUGGAGUCUGGAAAUGUGAGGGAGCUGGUGACCAUGCUUCCCUCUAUAGAUAUCUCCACCAUAGGACUAAUGCCAGAGCUCGAGUGUGAUGAGGUGGCGCUGCCUUGUGAUCACACUAGGAAGUAUCGCACCAUUACAGGAUGGUGUAACAACUUGCAGAACCCUCAUUUUGGCAAGAGCUUCCAGCCUUUCAUCCGCCUGCUACCUCCUGUAUAUGAGGACGGUCUGGGGAAGCCUAGAGGAAUGUCAGUGACAGGCAAGCCAUUGCCUAGCCCUCGCAUGGUGUCUCGCAACAUCCACACUGACACAAGCAAUCUGCAUACUCGCUACUCUCUCAUGGUCAUGCAGUUCGCUCAAAUAACUGACCACGAUCUCACCUUCACACCCGUCAACAAAGGUUUUAUUAAUGAAGGCAUCCUCAACUGCCUGUCCUGUGACUCAAUGAUAACAGUACAUCCUCAGUGUUUCCCCAUCCCUGUACCUGAAGGGGAUCCUUUCUUCCCUUCAGUCAAUGACACUAAUGGAGAACCUUACUGCAUCCCUGCAACAAGAUCCAUGCCUGGGCAGAGGACUUUAGGUCCAAGAGAACAGAUGAACCAACUGACAGCGUACCUGGACAUGUCAUUCGUCUACGGCUCAGACGUGUGUGAGGCUCGUAUGCUUCGCAGUUUCUCCGGAGGUCGACUUAACUCCACCAAGGUGCUUCGUGGUAAGGCUCUACUUCCUGAGAUCAUCGCCCAUCCAGAGUGUCGUGCAGAGAACAAAGUUUGCUUCAUAGCAGGAGAUGCACGAGCAAGUGAACAGCCAGGGCUCGGAGCACUACACACGGUGUUCAUGCGUGAACACAACCGUAUCGCGUCGGAACUGGCAGCUAUGAACCCCCAUUGGGGUGACGAGGUUCUGUAUCAGGAGACCAGGAGGAUCAUGGGAGCCAUGUAUCAGAACAUCAUCUUCUCUGAGUUUCUACCCAGGAUAUUUGGCUGGGAGGGAGUACGGCGGCAUGGACUCACCCUGCAACACGAGGGCUACUAUACAAGAUAUGAUCCAAGUUGUGAUGGCACAAUAGUUAACGAGUUCUCUGCGGCCGCAUUUCGAUUCGGCCACAGUCUACUACGGCCAGUGUUUCGCAGAGUGGACCCUCAAUACAAGCCGUUAGAACCUCCAGUGCGACUGCGGGACCACUUCUUCAAGCCAGCAGUUCUCUACAGGCCCAACAUGGUAGAGGAACUAAUAUUAGGUCUGGUGGACACGCCCAUGGAGACUCUGGACAACUUCAUCACUGAGGAGGUCACCAACCAUCUGUUUGAGAAGACAGGGGUCCUCUUCUCCGGAAUGGACCUGAUAUCACUCAACAUGCAGCGAGCCCGUGACCACGGAAUCAGGGGCUACAACCACUACAGAGAAUUCUGCAACAUGAGUCGGGCGAGGGACUUUGGCGACCUCGAGAGUGACAUGUUGCCAGGAUUAGUGGACACGUUAAGAGGUGUCUAUGCUCAUGUUGAUGACAUCGACCUGUUCCCUGGAGGGAUGAGUGAGCGGCCCUUGCCGGGAGGUGUGCUAGGUCCCACCUUCGCUUGCAUCGUGGGCCAUCAGUUCCGCAGAGUGCGCUCAUGCGACAGAUUCUGGUAUGAGAAUGAUGAUCCUCUGACAAGGUUCACUCCAGCUCAACUCACUGAAAUCAGGAAGAUGACAAUAUCAAGGCUCAUCUGUAACAACCUCAAUGAGGUCCACACCAUCCAGAGGCACGUACUGGAUCUUCCUGACCCAUUCAUGAACCCAAGAGUACCUUGCAGCAACGUGCCUACUGUAGACCUAACAAUGUGGAAGGACCGUGCAGCGUGUGCAGUUGGUAACACUGCAAUAGACAUAGGAGCUACUCACCACACCUCCCCAUGCACUACUUGCACCUGCACUAAGGAAGGGCCGAUAUGUCAGUCAGUGAAAGUGAGCAACUGUUUCGAAUUGGCACGUCAGUUCACAUCCAAGGAUGUCCUGCAGGACACCGUCUGCAAAGUCCAGUGUGCCUUCGUCUUCAGGGCUCUCCAAGAGUUCUCAGAGCCUCUGGCAGAUAAUCAGCUAGGCUUCAGCUAGCCUUCACGGCCUCUAGUCUCUCUCCCUCUCUCCGUCUCCAUUGCUGUUGUUUUGUUAACUUAUUCCUUUUGUAAACUAUGUCACUCUUUUGUACAAAACCCGUAUUUACGUUACGUCCGAGGUCAUUUGUCAUUUUUCCCGUUAAAGUUUGAAUUCGAGCAUGCCAAAGGUAGAAUUAUUUUAGUAUGGAAUGUUUUUCAUUAGUUACUGUUUUAGAUAGUAUGAGUCUGUUGCUAUAAUAGGCACUGAGUAAAACAGUUUUAACGCUAAGCACUAGUAGGGCCGUUAGUGUGGCCGCACAGGUGCCGUUGAUUUACUCAAAGUUUGUCCACUGUACAACAUUUGGGGUCACACUGAAAACCCUGAUCCUGUCCCCUUCUCACUAGCAAUAGCUCUACAUGUUAACAAACUGCUGUCAAACAGCCAUCUGCAAGUUUGUACUCCAAGCAGGUGUCUUUGGACCUAGCAUUGAAAUAUUUAAAUUAUUGAAAUUUCAAAUAAAAAUUUAUUCAUUUCAAUUUCAGACGAAACACUUUGUUGAGUGUUCAACAAUUAAUUAUAUUAUAUUAUUAUUGGAAGUAUUUAAAAUUCACUUGUAUCAUUUAGGAUGUUAGAAAUCCAUAAUUACUAAAAAAAUAUGUUAUUUUGCAAAGAUGCAUAGCAAAACAAAAUAUUAGCCAAACUGAACUUGUGCAUAUCUUCACUGCAGGUCUAUGCUGUAUUACGCAGUCUGCCAUACUUAAUGUUAAGCAAUUAAUUGUUACGGAGUAAACCAUCAGUGAAUGGUUUUAAAUUGAUUGAUAAUUAAAUUAAUAAUGUAACAGUUGUCUGUAUGAAAAAGUUAUGCAUUGCUUCAACUCGAAACAUUUGUAUAUUCACAAGAGAUUUCUUGUUUUCAUGACCUUAACAAUUGGUAACCCGUAACAUCCAUUGUAAAUCAUCUGAAAGCACUUCUAAAAUAUUAAACCAUUUCAGUUAACAAAGGUUUACUUAAAUUAGUACAUAAAACUCUGGAAGACACAAUAAUAGAACUGUCACCUCACAGUUGUAUUCAACCCUAAAAGUGCAGACACAGUGCUUCAACUGUUCUGGUUCUUCCUUGAAUGGAAGCAGCACUGUUAUAUUACUCAGAAAACCUUUCCUGUAAUUUGCCAGUAUGGAGAACAAAGCUAGUACAAUGGACCCUAAUUAUACCAGAUUCAGGAUCAAAUCUCUAUGGCUCCAUAACUUAGCAUUACAGUUGUUGAGUAUAUGCAUAAAUAAAUGUAACUUCUUGAGGAAAAUAGUGUAGUGCCACAUUUCAUGGAACUCUUCAGAUGAUUUUGUACUUAACAAUACACAUGUAAAUUAAAGUACGAUUGUAGUCUACAGUUGCAAUGUGAUGUUCCAUGGGAAUUAUUUAAUAAUCUGUCUCAGCAGUAAUUUGAUCACCAGUUUGACUGGUUUCGGACACAGAACUGAGUCAUCACGGGCUAAGGUCAAAAACCACUGUUUUAUUCUCGUGUUCAUUAGUUACGGGGUAAACUAGCAGUUACCUGCAGCUUCGCAUGCAAUGUCGCAGGUUUUGUACGUGUACAAGUACUUUUGGUUCGAAUAAAUUAUAUUUCCUAAACCAAUGUUGAAUUUGCUUUGUUGCUACGGUCAAGAAGUGUAUAUUUAUGGCUGUUUUAAUUUACUCUGGUCUUGGUAUUUUUUUGUGCCGUGUUGAUUUUCCUUUGUUUCUCAGAUCAAGAAUAUAUAUAGAUAUAUAAGUAGAAGUCCAACUCACCGGAUCCACCUGACAAACAUUAAUAGAAUAUCGGCUUCCCUCCCCUCUCUCCCCCCCAUCAAAGGAUACUGUAAGCUGUCAUAAGAUCUAUACAACUCUAACUCUGACAUUUGUUGCAAACUGUCAUCACGGCUGCACGAAACUAUAUCUCUUUUAUCAAAUUGUUGUCCAGCAAUCACUAUUAUAAGUCGUAAGUUUUAGUCAGUAUUAACAAUGAAAGCGCUCAAAAAUAUCAAUUUUCACAUUAUAACAACAUUCUCUGCUUAAUUUGAUUAAAAUAUUGAUGUAUCAUACCCAGGAACCUGCCCUAGUUCAUAACGAAGCCAACAGUGAAAACCGUAUCAAAAUCCGUUGAGUAGUUUAGAAAAUAUCGAUGGACAAACAGACGAACACAAGAAGCGAAUUUAAUUUGUACUAUGUAUUGAUAAACGAGAUUGCACAUUGGUUUGUUAAUGAGCUAUAUUAUUUUAAACAUUCCAAGUCACCCUUGUAGUAAUAUUUUAAAAUUUUGUAUGCUUAAGUAUUAAUGUUAACCCAAAAAAUGUGACUUUUCUAUGAAAUUGUAUGAAUUAUUUACUAAAUUCACAUUUUACAGCUGCUCAAUCAGAUUUGCUGUAGAAUAGUACGAGAAUUAGAACUGCAAGAAAUUGGGCAGAGUUCCACUAAUCAAAAAUUUAGUAAUCUGAGAAUCUGGUCAAACCAAACAUUGUCAGUUGUAAAUGAAAAAUUAUGGUUAAGUGACAUAAAGUUGGUCACUGUUAUAAAAAAAUGUAUGGCAGUUAAUAUCUUUGGUAUUUAAAAAAUCUCUACUUUAACUGUUGAACUUGAUUUGAGACAUACAAACUUCACAAAUUAUGGCAAUCAGUUGUUCCGUUGUUCCAUAACAAGCCUUGCUAAUGUAUAGUUAGUUCAAUGUUUUACAAAUAUGUACUGAGAUUGCACUUCAUCGUGGAACAUAACAUUUUAAAUAAAUAUCAUGUAGUAGAGUUUUUUCUAUAAUGUUUUAAAUAUGUAGUAUUCAAUUUCAUAAUAUAUGAGCUGCAACAAGACAAAACUAAUUAAUUCCUUGUUUUCCCAUUAAUGAUCUAUCCAUAAAUAAUUCUAGAAAAAUGGGAAUUUCCCAUCUUCGAACUGGUAAUCCAUUUUUUCUUUUAUAAUGAAUUAAAGACAGUACUUUGUUAUUAGAGGCAAGCCAAAAUUAGAUGUAUGCCUUAAGUGUCAAAUACUGCAGUUGACUAUUCCUUUAUCUCUCUCUAUAAUUUAUACUAUUUGUGAUUAUUUUGCUUGACUAACAGUAAUUGUUUCAACAAUUCCAAAGUGUAUUUUAAAUACAUUAUUGUUGUUAAGAAAUUGGUGUCUUAUAUACGAAUUAUAUCCGACUGAAUUCUUGUAUAGGUAAAAAAGCAGGCCUGAUUUCAAAUUGAAGUGAAAUGCCUUUUUUAAAUUAAAUCAAUUAUUGUGAUAAUCGUAUCCAAUACAUUAAAAGUUGUUACAUUUUAAGAAGAGAAGAUAUUUAUCUUGGUAACAUCAGGUAUAAUAUUUAUAAACUCUUUGAAUAUAUUUUUAUAAUAAUUAAUAAAUACUUUAAAUUUGUUUACAAUGUACAUUCCUUGAAUUUUUGUUUGUUUUUUUUUACAUAUAAAACAGUAAGUCAACAGUAAUAAGUUUACUAUUUGUAAAAUACUUCCUGCUUCAUAAUUUUAAAUUAACACUAGAUGUUAUAAGUGAUGACUAGGUUAAUGUUAUUGUACAUAAACAUUGUAUUAAUAAAACAAAAAGUUAAA